CCAAGUGAAAACCAGAAUCAAAACAAAAUUGUAAAAUGAAAUUCAUUCAUAAAACAUCGAGUUGCAGUCGCGCUAUACGCCGGCCAUUAUUCGCAAAGGAUUACGCGUGGGUAAUCAUUUUCACGGAACACAAUCAUGUUAUUCGUCAAACUAUCCGUAUGGUGCACCUACAUCUUCUACCUCGUUGGUACCGCCCUUUUGUGCGCGAUACUGAACGGAUCCUACAAUUUCUACGAGUGGUACCAUUCAAAUCGAUUCCCAUCCCGGACAAGCUAUGAGUACAUCAUCGUUGGAUCUGGUACAGCUGGUUCAAUCAUCGCGUCCGGUAUCCCCUCAGACGAUGUGCUACUUCUGGAGGCCGGUUCCAUGCGUUCUGGAUUAAUGGACGUUCCUUUGUUGCAACCGUUGCUCCAGGGAACGAAUUAUGACUGGCGAUACCAAACGGAACCACAGGACGAUGCUUGCGGAGGUUUGAAUAACCGGCGAAGCUACUGGCCCAUGGGUAAGGUAUCCGGAGGAACGUAUAUGUUCAACAAUAUGAUUCAUUAUAGGGCGGAAAAGGCGGAUUUCGAAGGAUGGUUCUCUGACGAUUCUGAAUUGAAAACUUUUAUGAGAGGGUUCGAAGAUAUGACAAAUGUGGAAGAAGUGGGAUUCGAAACAGAUUUGGGCAAGGCGUUCAUCAAGGCAGCUGGAGAAGCCGGUUUGGAAAAAGAUCUUUUCUACAAACCGAAUGUGAGUGUGAGUAAUGGAAAGCGAUGGACAUCAAAUCAUAAGUAUCUCGAGCAGCCCAAUGUGGGUCACGAAACUGUCUUUAACGCUCUGGUCAACAACAUAAUCUUCGAAGGUAGAAGAGCUGUUGGAGUUGUCCUUAGUAAAUCCGGACGUCGUGUCCAAUUGAUGGCCACAAAAGGAAUAAUUUUGACUGCUGGUACAAUAGGUAGUGCGAAAAUUUUACUACAAAGCGGUGUUGGGCCAAGAGAACAUCUAGAACAAAUUGGUAUAAAGCCAAUUAUUGAAGCGAAAGUUGGAGAGAAUCUGCAGGAUCACAUAACUACUGGUAUGGAUUUGGUAUUGCUGUCAGAACGACUUCCUUUUCGAGCUUGGAAUUUACUCAAUCCUUUAAAUAUUGGAAGGUAUUUAUUUGCCGAAGGACGCAAUUCAUCAAUCGGUUUCGGUGGAUGUGAAUGUCUAGGAUUUGUCAAUUUGGGAUCUAAUUUCACUCAUACACUGGGAUUUAUGGUUCUCCCUGUGGGAAUAACGAUUGAUGCGGGACAUCACUUGAGUGACUUAAUUAAUCUUCGUCAAGAUGUAUGGAAUCAAUAUUUCCUACCUUUGGUCGACCAAGAUAUACAGUCGGUGACGAUUCUACCGAUUUUAUUACAUCCCAACAGCAAGGGAUUCGUUAAACUACGUGAUGCUGAUCCCCAAUCAAGCCCAGUAAUUCAACCAAACUAUCUACAUGACCAGAGAGAUAUUCAAACGCUCAUUACGGGACUGAAAAUACUACAACAAAUACUGGAUCAAUCGUCGAUGAGGGCACUUGGUGCUGAACUCAAUCCAAAGCCCUUCCCCGGUUGCGAACAACAUCCAUUCGGAAGCGAUUCCUACUGGGAGUGCUACAUCAGAUCACUCACUCUAACACUGUACCAUCCGGUGGGAACGUGCCGCAUGGGACCGGAGUCCGAUGCGAGCGCUGUUGUGUCGAACGUGGACUUCAAAGUACAUCACCUGGACAAUCUGUUCGUCGUGGAUGGAUCCAUUAUGCCAAAUUUACCGAGCGGUAACCCCAAUUCAGUCAUUAUUGCCCUAGCGAAAUAUUUUCUUAAAGUAAAAUUUUAGUGUAAUAAAGCUUAGUGUGAUCUCUAUGUAAA